AUGCUUUCAUUGAGGUCCAAGGCCCUACAGGCAUCCAGACGCUUCAACUCAACAAGUUCUGUCUUCAAAUACUACAAAACACCAGAAAUCCCACAAAUUGACGUAAAUGCUGCCAAUGGUAUAAAUGGGUUAUUCUCUAAACAAGGUUUACAAAACGCAUGGUAUAAACGUGCUGAAAUAUAUUGCGAUGCAUUAGAUAAGGAAAUUGCAAGAGAAGGUCUAGCAGCUCAUGACCCAGAAGUACUAGUGAACCAAUAUGCUAAAUCUUCUUCAAAAUUACAAUUAUUCAAUAAUGCUUCAUUGUUAUACAAUACUGAAUUUGCAAUGAGUUGUCUUGGUGGUGUUAGAAAUGAAGAUUCUUUACCUGCAAAACCUGAUUCAAAAUCAUUAUUAUCAAAUCCAGACAUAAGUCAUGAAAUUCCAAAUCAACCUAUUGACGAAACUUUCCAAGAUUGGAUAAAAGAUUCUUUUGGUUCCGUAUUAGAAUUUAAAACUCUAUUAUUAAACUCUGCAAAUGCUAUAAAUGGUGAUGGUUUUACUUGGUUAGUUGCUCGUAAAACAAGAAAAUCAUUAGCUUCCCAAUCAAGUGCAACAAAAGAAGAAUAUGACAACUUGUACGUUUUAAACACUUAUAACGCAGGUACUCCAAAUAAUUCAGUUAGAUUUGGUCAAUUGACUCAAAUUUCAGAAAAAUUAAGAAAAUUAUCUGAACAAUCUGAAGAUAAAUCAAUGACCUUCAAACCUCCAGCUUCUUCAAUUUUAUCAUUAGUGGAUGCCAGAAACGUUGCAGUUUACGGCAAUACUGAAUAUAAACCAAUAUUGGCCAUCGAUGCUAGUCCAAAGGCUUAUUUAUAUGAUUACGGUGUUUAUGGUAAAAAAACUUAUUUGGAACAAGUUUGGAAAGCUUUAGAUUGGGAUAUUAUCACAAGAAGACUACCUCCAAGAUCUGAAAAUUACACAGUUGAAGGUCGUAUUGGUAGAGGUAUGUAA